AUGGCACCAGCAGGAUUUCUCUCAUUCGCCCGUGUUGAGAUCGUCGUAGACAUAAAAGGUGCCAAAUUCCCGACCAAAAUUGCCGCUACAAAAAAAAUACAAGAGCACUACGAGCACAGCAAGCGCACCCCAUAUCCCAUCAUUGCAAGCAGCAAUUCCAACUCUCCACUGACAAUGACGCCCUCUCUGCCGGAACACGCUGCGGCACGCGAGAUUCCAGCGAGCUUCUAUGAUCCCCAGAGGUCGCCUAGAUCAAGUCCCCCGACCAUGGACCAACUUCUGUCACAAUUUGUCCGCCCGCGCCUUUCUCACUCAGCUGAUGAUGAACCUGGAUCAUCACCGGACAACCCGAUUGAUCUGGAUGAUAGAACGGAUGAAAAACAUGACACGGAACCUCUCAGUGAAGAUCGAGAAGCAUCACACCUCGGAGGCGACACCGAGCGUGAGUGCGAUAGUGAAACUGAUGAUGGAAGGAACAGCGAGGCAACGUCAAUUCAGGACUUGGAAGGGGAGUCGCAGACGCAGCCACAGUCGGGGUCACGCCCUGCAGAACCCACCCAGCCAGAACCAGAGCCAGAGCCAGAGCCAGAGCCAAAGGCGGCCAAUGCAUGCGAACGUGAGUUUCCCUGA